AUGACAAGAGAGACGACAAGUCACGGGCCGACAGACCUCCUCCUCCAAUAUUACGGACUACCAAGGCUUGUAUGGCGAGGCUGUGGGAACGAUCGCAGCAGAAGUAUUUCCGAACCUCCCGUCUACUGUGAAAAAGCUUCCGCCGGUUGUUUGGGACGUGAUCAAGGGGCAAGGCCUCGCAGCUGGAAAGAUGUUCCCGAUAAGGGUGCCAAUUGGGGCUGA